AUUUCUAAAACCCUCUUUCGAAUUCCGUUUCCCACUCUCUCGCUCUCAUGUUCGGAUUCCAGAAACCCCAAAACCCGAUCUCCAUCUCCGGCGAGAUUCUGUUUCUAUUAGCUGCUCGUUUCAGAGGUUUUUUGUUUCUCAAAUUUCGCAUCGAAAGGAACUUGGUAUAUAUAUGAACCUUUAUGUGUUGGUGUUUGGAGAAUCUGUUCUAAAUGAUGCAGUAUGUAUUUAUAUCACUGAACAUGAAUGAUAUUACAAACAAGCAGAUCAAGCUUGACCCUAGCCACCCUGAAGAUUCAGGACUGUGGAACAGUAAAAUUUCAGGAGUAAUUGGAAAGCUCCCUAUCUGAGUUCGUAUAAAAUCCUCGAUCGGACCGGAAAAUUUAUCAUACAAUCCUCCUGAUUUAAGUUGAUAAUGUUAUUCUAAUUCUAGAGGAGGAAUGGACAUUGAAAGCUAGUUGCGUUGAUGCUCAUGUGCUGUCAAAAUGAGUAGACCAACAACUCGCAGUAAAAAUAAAAGACAUAGGCCUGGUGACAUUGAUGGUUCUUCGUCUGCAAUCCUGAGGAAAAUUCAUGUUACUGGAGAAAUUUCUCAAGAUGACAUUCGUCAGUUAUAUUUGAUUUGGAAACCCUUUUGUCAGGGUUGCCGUGUCAACACGAAGGACUCCCCAAAUUGCUUUUGUGGGCUUGUUCCAACUUCAAAUGGAGCUAGGAAAUCUGGUUUGUGGCAAAGGAUGUCAGAGAUUAUUCAAACUCUUGGCCCUGAUCCCUGUAAGGAUCUUCGUUCCACUGACUCACCAGCAGGGUUGACUAAUCUGGGUGCAACAUGCUAUGCCAAUAGUAUACUUCAGUGCCUCUAUACAAACAAAUCAUUCAGGGAAGGCGUUUUCUCUGUUGAACCGGAGCUUGUGAAGCAACAUCCUGUCUUGGAUCAACUUGCACGCCUAUUUGCCCAGUUGCACUCCAGUAAAAUGGCGUUUAUUGAUUCAGCUCCAUUCAUUAAGACUUUGGAGCUAGACAAUGGUGUUCAGCAGGAUAGCCAUGAAUUUUUUACUCUAUUUCUUUCUUUGCUGGAACGGUCUCUAAGCCAUUCAAAGGUCCCCAGAUCCAGAACUUUUGUUCAAGAUCUUUUUCGUGGAAGCGUGUCACAUGUGACUCAGUGUUCAGUGUGUGGAAAGGAAUCGGAAGCAUCUUCAAAGAUGGAAGACUUUUAUGAACUUGAGUUGAACAUCAAAGGGUUGAAUAAUCUCGAUGAGAGUUUAAAUGAUUAUCUUAGCAUGGAACAACUGCAAGGGGAAAAUCAAUAUUUCUGCGAGUCAUGUGGUAGACGAGUCGAUGCUACAAGAUGCAUUAAGCUUCGAAGACUUCCUGCUGUUCUUAAUUUCCAGUUAAAACGUUGUGUCUUCCUUCCUAAGACUACAACAAAGAAGAAACUAACGUCGGCAUUCAGUUUCCCUAGGCGAUUGCAUAUGGCCGAAAGAUUAUGUGAUCCCUCUCAAUCUCAGUCUGAGUUAACGUAUGACUUGUCAGCAAUACUGAUCCACAGGGGAACUGCUGUUAACAGUGGCCAUUAUGUGGCACAUAUUAAGGACAAGUACAGUGGGCAUUGGUGGGAAUUUGAUGAUGAGCAUGUCUCUAAGUUGGGUCUUCACCCUUUUGGGGCGGAAUCUUCGAGUUCAUCUGCUCAACCUGAGCAAAAUUUGCAACCAGCUACCUCUGAACAAGUCGGCUCUGUUGGGAAUGGGAAUCAUAUGAAUAGUUUUCAGCCACCAUCUUCAGAUUUUAAUAUUGCUAGCCAUGAAGAGAUAUUUUCAUCAACCGAUGCUUACAUGCUGAUGUAUACUCGUAUAGAUACUAAUGAGAAUGGUAAUAAAUCCUAUAUAACGCUGAGAGCAGACAAUAUGGAUGUGGAUGAAGAGCUCGUUUCUGGAAAUGGCUCUCUUCCAUUGCAUCUUUCUGAAGAGAUAAAGGAAUUAAAUGCAUCAUAUGUCAGCAGUUGCCAAGAAUACCAGCUAAAGAAGGGUAGAGAGGUGGAUAAUAUCACAGAACGCCGGCAAGAAGUGAGAUUAGUUCUUUCCGAAGCUCCUGUUUCUUCCCUCGAAGAUCCAUUCUUCUGGAUUUCAGCAGACUGGCUUCGCCAGUGGGCUGAUUGCAUUAUUCCUCUUCCCAUUGAUAACACAUCAAUUCAGUGCUCACACGGGAAAGUUCCGGUUUCAAAGGUUGGCUCCAUGAAGCGGGUGUCAAACAAAGCUUGGAGUAUCCUCUUCUCUAAGUACGGAGGGGGACCGGUUUUGAGUUGUGACGACUGUUGCAUUCUUUGCCUCAAGGAUGAGGCGGAGACUGCAGUUUUUGCUGAUAAUUAUAGGGAUCGUAGAGCAUUUAUGAAGCAACUUGCUGAGGCGGCAAUUGCAGGACACUCUCUUGAUGGAAAUCAGUAUUAUGUUUCUAAAUCAUGGUUGUCACAAUGGUUACGCAGAAAGAAUGUUGAUUCUCCAUGUGAUGCUGAUAGCGAACCAACAGCUUCGAUUCGAUGCCCUCAUGGAGGACUCUUGCCAGAGCAAGCUGCUGGAGCGAAGCGUUUGUUAAUUCCUGAGAGUUUAUGGCUUUUUCUCCUUGAAAGUGCCAGUACAGUAAAGCCUGAUGAUCCUUCAGGUUGUUCGCCCUUCCCUUCGGAUUCAGAAACUUGUGCAGUUUGCAGUUUGGAAAUGACAGAAGUUGCGUGCUUGGAGGAUAGCCUUAGAGCAGCCAAGCUGAAACAACGCCAGAAUCAUGAGAAGUUAUGGCAGGGAAAAAGUAUUGCACUUUCUCCUGGUUGCAAGUAUUAUUUACUGCCUUCGUCAUGGCUGUCCAAAUGGAGAAGUUAUGUCACAGCAAGUGGGAAGAAUGUUUCUUCUUCUGUAGAACCAGAAAGUUUGGAGGAUGUAAUAGAUUCUGUUAAAUGCGUUAAGCAUUUGCGACUGCUGGAAAGGCCUCUUGAUCUAACUUGCAAACGUGGUGUCAUCGUCCAGAGGACUUCAAUGGUUCUAUCAUUUCAAGCAAGAAUGGCCCCACUAAAAGAUAUAGUCCCAGCCGCUCAAAACAACAUUAACACGGAAUUCAUAUUGUUGGACAAAAGCAGCACGGUGAAGGAAGGGCAAGAGAGGACAUGUUUGGCGUUGGUCGCAGAUGAGACUGCCGCAGUCCACUUCCAGCUGUGGGGGAGUGAAUGUGAUGCGUUCGAGGCGAGCAAUAUCAUUCGGCUAAGUAAUGGUAUUUUCUCUUAUAAUAGGAAUAGUCUUGUUCUAAGAGCAGGUAAGAGGGAGAAAGCUGAAAAGGUGGGAGAGUUCACCAAGGUGUUCGUUGAGACCCCAAACAUGAGUGAGAUCCGUUGGGGACCUGAUCCUAAGAAUUUUAAGAAUCUAGCGCAGGAGGCUGUCAUCGCGCCUUACUCACGUAUGUUCCCACCACUACCUUAGGUAUUUCCUCCACUGGCGUACUUCUUUGUGGAGAAAUUAUGAAGAUUUGUUGUGUGAGGAGGCGAAUGGCAUCUUUGAUGUGCUCUACUCACAUAUGGGGCCCCAUAAUUCUUUGAUCUAGACCAUUGCUAUGAUGGACAGUGUGGAUGGUACAUGCCCUGAAUGCCUCCUUUAAAAAAAAAAAAAACUUGGGGCUUGGUCACAUCCGACGGUUUGUUAGGUUGGGAGCAAUUAUCCCUUUACUCAUGCUUGGCCCUUCCAGCUCAGCUGCCACCCCUCUGCUUUUCUACUAUUAUUUCUGCCCAAGAGCCCUCUUGCUUUGUUUCCCAUCCUCAAUACAAAACAUGCCCAUCUUAUGGAUGUAUGGCCUUCAACCCAAAUACUGAUACUGGAUAUUUUAAUCAAGGGAUGGUUGUCAAAUGUCAAUUGAUAGCCAUUAUGUUUAUGACCAUCUGUUUUCAGGCCACCAAUUAUGUAGUUAAUAUUAUAGUUGAUGCCAGUUUUGGUGUGGCCAAUUUAGCAAUGUCCCACUCACAAGGUAACCACCAUUUACACCCAUUCUCACAACAGACGUACCUUUUUUUUCUUCUAUAUUUGGUAGUGCAAUUGUGGGGUUGUAGGUGUCAAUUUUCCAACAGUAGAAAAAGAUGAAGGGAUUUAGGUGAAGCCGAAGGUAGGGCUUUGUUGGCAAGUUUGUAGUUGCAAAGCUUUUUGGGAAAUAAACUGGUUGCAGAGCAGCAAAGAUUGGAUUGACAACCUCUAGCCUUAUUUUUUUAUGCUUUUAUCUUUCAAUGGGGUUGUUAUUUAUUGAAAAAAGAAGUAAAAAAUUGAACAGAUUAAACCUUCCAGCCUCUAGUCUUAUUAUUAAUAUUUUUUAUGCUUUUAUUUUUCAAUGGUGUUGUUAUUUAUAGAAAACAGAAGGAAAAAAGUGAACAGAUAAAACAUUUGUUAUAAUGUAUAAACAAACUCUUAUUCAGGUUAAUAUGUGAUUCAAGUAGGCACUUGA